GGGAGGCGGGGACGCCCAGAACAUGGCCGGGCCGUCCAGACCCGGUCUGGUCCAUGUCCGGGAAGCUGCGGGACGGCUGCAGGGCCGGCUCCACUUCACCCCGGUGCUCACUAGCGCGGGCCUAGACCGCCUGGCUGGCAGACGGCUCUUCUUCAAAUGCGAGCUCUUCCAGAAAACCGGGUCGUUCAAGAUCCGUGGUGCCCUGAAUGCCAUCAGGAGUCUUGUUGAGGACAGCAAAAACACUGGAGGGGAGCUGCCCCGCGCCGUUGUGACACACAGCAGUGGGAAUCAUGGCCAGGCGCUUGCCUGUGCCGCACAGGCAGAAGGGAUUCCAGCCUACAUCGUGGUGCCUUGGACAGCCCCAGACUGUAAGCAAGCUGCCAUCCGUGCCUACGGUGCCACACUGGUGCCAUGCGAGCCCAGUGACAAGUCCAGAGCAGAGACAGCAGCUCGUGUAGUCCAGGAGACAGGAGGAGUCAUGGUGCACCCCAACCAGGAGCCAGCAGUGAUCGCAGGGCAGGGCACUAUUGCUCUGGAGGUGCUGGAGCAGGUACCUGACGUAAAUGCAGUGGUGGUUCCUGUUGGAGGUGGAGGAAUGGUUGCAGGAAUCGCAGUUGCCAUCAAGGCUUUGAGACCAGAUGUGAAAGUGUUUGCUGCUGAGCCACGCAAUGCAGAUGACUGUUAUCAGUCCAAGGUAAAAGGGGAGCUGACCCCCAACCCACACCCACCAGACACCAUUGCAGAUGCAGUUAAAACCAGCAUUGGACCAAACACAUGGCCCAUCAUCAGGGAUUUGGUUGAUGAGGUCCUGACAGUCUCAGAGGAAGAAAUCAAGCAAGCCACACGGCUGGUGUGGGAAAGGAUGAAGUUGCUGAUUGAGCCAACAGCGGGUGUGGGAGUGGCAGCUGUGCUCUCGGAGCAGUUCCGGGCAGUCCCCCGGGAUGUGGAGAAUGUUUGUGUCGUGCUGUGUGGGGGAAAUGUGGACCUGAGUUCCCUGACCUGGCUCACAGACCUCCCUGGGAAAGUGGAAUGAGAAUGGAGCCAUGUCCCAAGCAGCAGGAAACCUCACUCUGCAUUUGUACAGUCUGGUUCAUGCACUACUGAAAAAUAAAUUAUCAAACCCCAAA